GUUUCGGUAGCCUCUUGACUUGUCCAAACCUACUAUUUCGCUUGUGCAGGCUAUAUGUCGGACCGUGCUGACUUCGCUGCACGGCGACGCACCGUCGAAGUCCCUGCAAGGCCUGAGGCUGGCCUUGCAGAAUGGACGAGCAAGAUCAAGGCACUGCAGCGACAAGUCGACGAGGAUGAGGAGACAGAGACGCGGAGACUUGAAGAAGAGAUCGCUGCAUCCAGGGCUGCACGCAUGCGAAGGAGUACAGGCCACGGAAUGGGCACCGAUCUAUCUAAUACUGACGUCUCGAAGAACUUGAAGGACAACAUACCGAGCACCCCACCACCAACAUCCGACUCGCCGCAUGGCUUCGCGGAUAGGCAGCGAGGUCAAGAGGACACGCUGCGGAAGCUCAUGGGAGAGAGCCAGGCUCAGAAUGGAUCAGCUGCAGUUCGCACCGCAGAGCCUAUGUCUCUCGCUGCGUUUAUGGGUGGACGCGCUACUGGACCUCGUCUCAACAAACACGCACCGCAGCAGGACGCACACGAUCCGACUCAGUUCGAACAGCGUACGAUAACUAAGCCGCAUCCGGUCUUUGGCCGCAGCGGCGUCGCUUUGGUGGGGCUAGCAGCGAAAGGCAGAACGCGUGUGGAAUCAGAGUCGCCAACAGCUAAAGUACCUAGUCCCCAGCCGGUUGUUAAGGAGCCGUCACUUACCUCUUCGCCGCGCGAGGGAUCUCCAGUGAAGGCCCGUCCCAAAGGGUCUGAGGGUCGUCGUCCUGCCAGCCCUGAGAAGCGCAGCUCGGUUCCCAGUAACGACUGGCUAGCGUCGAGACAGCGAACCAUGAGCACUCCUGCCCCUCCACCAAAAGCCGUGUCGCCCGCACCUGCGAAAGAGUCUCCCGUUCCCAGGCCGUCCCCUCGCCCAGCGGCGUAUAAUACUGUUACUGGAGACUACGUUUCUAAUAAGGGUCCUUCGAACGCCGGACGUCAAACCCCAUCGACCCAUACACCACAGGCUACGCCUCCGCGAGCGAACUCUGCAUCCCCACUACCAAAGCCCCAAUCUUCUCCUUCGCUCUCUUCGCCUAAAUCCCCAGUCAACAAUAAUUUUUACUUGGCUAAGCCGAUUCAGCCCGCUCCGAGGAAAUCCUUGCAAGGCCCUCAGGUACCACUGAGACAGAAUACUUCUCCUGCAUUUCUCAAGCCGCCUCCCUCGAAAGAUCCUACACCGAGUAUCAGUCGAUUACAAGGGCGAGGCUUUGUGGCCAACAUGGUAAAAGCUACCAGCCAGCUCGGGGAGGUGUCAAAGAGCAGCGCUCCUUCUUCAAGCUCCUCGACUCCAGAGAAGCCUAGGGAGCGUAAAGCAUCUGUUUUGGAUAGGUGGCAGGUCAAUGGCGAUACUCCAGCUCCCAUAAUUGCGCCGAAACCCGUCCCAUUGAGAAAGACUCGCACGAUUGACCCUUCCGCAUUCCCCGCAUCCACAUCGCCUGUACCUACGCCUUUCAAUCCCUCAGCGCCAGCAGCACUGAGACGCGACACGCCUGAGAAGGCUCUGAAACCCAGGACUUCUUUACCGUCCAUUGCACAUGCUGCUCACCCCGACAAGGUUCCACGUCCCGCAUCGGCGAAAAACGAGCUUUCUGGUCAGAGCCCGUCGACGUCGCAACAGCGAGCUCUCGGCUCAUCCACGACGAUGAUUUCCUACAUUAAGCCUCUGAAAACGGGCGAUAGCCCGCCCACCAACGCUCCGCCAUCGCGACCGUCCUCUAGAGCGUCUCGCAGUAGACCAACGUCUCCUGGGAUCGAUGAGUUCGGCAAUCGCAGACGCUCGCAUUCGCGGUCGAGGCCGAAGAGUGCGAUUGGGAUGGUGCAGGACAAGUCUUCUGGUCUUCCGGUCGAAGCUGCUGGUGGCAAGCCCCUCAGUCAUCCGACAAAGGAUCGAGCGCGUAAGCCUCGCAAAGCGAAGACGACUACGAACAGUUUGCUUUCCAAAGCAGCGGUCAUUGGUGAAAAGCCGCUGGAACGGAAGGCUCCACCAUCCCCACCAGGCACUAGAGCUUUGGCUCCCGCGACGAGCAGCGCAAUAUCGCCACCGCAGUCGAAUAUUUUCCGCUCUUCGUCACCUCGCGCGCCUGAUGCCAGCCCCGCGAUCCCACAACGGGGCACAACACCCAGCCCACCGACGAGCGGCGCCAGUCGGCGAGUUUACUUCCCCCUCGAUGUCUCACCGGUCACCAUCCCCCAGGAGCAUGAGAAGUCACCCAAGUCGCCCGCUACCCCCGUACGACACAGUCGAAUCCCGAGCACCGGCAACAGGGCGACCGUUAUGGACGUUGCCCAGGCGCUGAGUCAGUACGAAGGGCAUGCUAGGAAGGAACUGCCGAAAACUCGAGAGCAGGAAGAGGAAGCGGAGGUGACCUCGAGGCUCGGCGUGAAGUCCAUGAUCUCGAACUGGGGGAAGGAAAAUACUGCGCCGAGCUCUAUCUCCGCGCCCCCUCUGGAUAGGAGAAGAUCGAGCUACGAAAAGUACUCCGCCUUUGCGUUGCCUCCGUUACUUGAGGAGAAGACACCAGUUUCCUCGCCUACGAAUACGCUCGGUCGCCACGCGGUACCACUUGGGAUUCUUCGAGAGCAAGAUGUACCUGCCAGCACGGAACCAGUCGAGCCCGUGAACGGCUCAGCCCCCGACUAUUUCGCCUCGGAGAUGCCAGAAGAUCUCCCGCUUCCUCCCACUUCAGGAUCAGAACGAGAGGAGGUCAACGCAGUCGAGGUUAAGGUGGAAGAAAACAAAGUUGAAGGCCCUGUCGACCAGUAUGUCCACUUCGAUUUCGCCGAUGAACCUCUGCCAAAAUUCGAUGUCGCUCCUCUACUGAACCGCACACCUUCAAUUUACAAGCCGGAUCCCGACGUAGCGACAAUCUCAGUGGAAGUGAUGUCAAUUCUAGGCAAUAAUGCUACCGAGAUUACCGGCGACAGCCACAUCUUCUACGAAACUGAAACUCUCUCAAUCGUUCAUCGCUUUAAGACUAGAUCCAGUGGUCUUGUGGAUACGAGGGUUUGGGCCUGGAGAGGCUCGAAGGCUCAGCCCGGCGAGCGCGAGGAGAAGAAAUUGCAAGAACUUGCGCGUCGUUAUAAUACACCGUUGGUGAACGUGAAGCAGAACUCGGAACCUGCUGACUUUGUGGCUAUUCUUGGCGGACAGCUAGCCACUCGACAGGGUACGCGAGCUCAUUGGUCCAGAGAGAACACAGCCAUGCACCUCGCCCGUUCGGCCAACGGUGUGAUAUACAUCGAUGAGCUAGAACCUAGCAUUCAGAACCUCUGCUCCGGCUUCAGCUACUGCAUCUCACUCUUGGAGACGUUCUACGUCUGGUACGGCCUGGGCUCAACAGACGACGAACGCAGUGCCACCCUGCAGUAUGCACGCAGCAUCGCGGAAGACCCUACGAAUGUCGCCGAGUUGAUUGAAGGCGAAGAGGAUGAGAUGUUCUGGCUCAUCCUGGGCGAGGGCGAGUAUGCGAAGGCGGAUUAUUGGAGGUGGAAGCCCACCCUCGAAUCCCUUGACGUGAGAGCAUGGCUGGUAGAUGCCGAUAACAGGCAUAAUUCUUAUGUCACCCGUGCACUUAUUGAGUCCGCGGCUGAUAUCCACGACCGAGUAUAUAUUUUGGACUGCAUCUGGGAGCUGUUUGUUCUUGUAGGCAGUGAGGCUCGUGGAAAGCGGAAGGACAUCCGUCUCGCUCAUAAAGUGGCAACGGACCUGUCCGCCGUAAUCUCGUCUUCCAGGCCAUUCUGUCCUACCGUUCAUGCCAUUAUUCUUCCAAGUCAGCUACCAGCUGAUCUGCGCCUGGCUUUCCGUGAGCUGAAUGAAGCUGACUUGAAUCACGGCUCAAUACCUGACCACAUGAACAUCUUAUCAAGCACAGAGGCAUUUGAACAUUUACGGAAGACCUCCUGGGAAAGAAGUCUACUGGCGGACGAGACGAUGCUUCCUCUCGGAUUACAUCCUGGACAGUGAUAUCUGUUCAUGUUCAUACCCACGCUGUCAUUUUGAGUUGCUCAUACUAUGAUACCAGUUCCCCGCUGGUACCUUUCGAGUGCUAGGCUAGCCACUUAUACAAGACUGCCAAAGGUAUUUAUAAUACCUUCGCAGUGUUCCCUCGGACACCAGC